AUGGAUUCGUCAGUAAUUAACAUUGAAGAUUCAGAUUCUGAAGAAGAAAAAGUAAAAACUAAAAGAGCAAAAAAAAGUAAUCAUAUGCCAAAAGAGGAAAAGCUAUCAUCUAAUGAAGUCAAACUGGCCAAUAUUAUUACCCAACUCUGCUCCAAGUACCAGUGCGACACACCACCCACAUACUCAUCAUUUGGAUUAACUCAUGACUUUAAAUCUAAUACACAAAGAUCGCAAUCACAAUCACAGUCUACCGAUACAGAAAAUAUAUUAGGCUCUAAUUUUGUUUCAGCUCUUCAAGAAUGUCUUAACCUUCUUACAAAUAUUUUAAAUUCAGCUAGGAGUUAA